UUUUUGAAAUGUCAUCUUUCAGUGAAGAAAUAAGUUCUUACGAUGAAAUGGGUUCCGAUGAAGAAAUGGUUUCCAACGAAGAGAUAGAUAGUGAAGAAUUUGGUUCGGACACUGAAAUUAAGUCCAGCGAAGAAUUUAUUGGUUCUGAUGAUGAAGACAAUUACUCUGAGGACGGAUCAAGUUCACAAGAUAUUGCCAAACCUUCAACAGACAUGGAAAAAGCACAGAUAGUUAUUGCACACAAAGAAUUUUAUGACAAUUUAUUACUCCUCCGUAUAAAGCUUCAAAAAUGUCUUGCACUUGCCAAUACUCUUCCACAAGAUAUUGAUAAAAUCACUGCGGAAGACAAGGAAGUGUGUGCCUAUGACACCAUAAAAGAUUUAGAACAGUAUUUGACAAUGGUGGUAAAAUAUCAAACAGAUUUACUUGUGAAGAACCAAAAUGUUAAAAUGAUUGAUAAAGACAAAGUUAGUUCGUUAACUAAUAAACUGAAUCAUAAAGACUUUGAAAAUGUCUUACAAGCACACCAUGAAAUAUUCAAACCUUAUAGAGAUGAGACCAUACAAUUUUGGAAUGAACGAACAAAGCUCGCUUCAGGAAAAGCUGCAAAAUCAGAUUUUUCUGCUUUUGACCAACCUACAUUAUUACAAAUUGAUCAAAUAAUGGCUGAUAAGACUAGGUUAAUUGAACGUACUCAAAUCAAACGGUCCAAAUAUUGCAUUGUUGGUAAUCCAGAAUCAAUAAACAACGAUGUUGAUCAGGAAAUAUUUGACGAUGAUGAUUUCUAUCACAAAUUACUUAGGGACUAUAUUGAAAAUAAAACUGCUGAUGUGACAGAUUCAACUCAACUUGGAAAACAAUGGUUACAAUUACAAAAACUGAGGAGUAAAAUGAAACGUAAAGUUGAUACCAGAUCAACUAAAGGAAGGAAGCUCAGAUAUACUGUUCAUACAAAAUUGAUGAAUUUCAUGGCGCCAAAUGACCAAUCCCCAUGGUCAGAUGAAGCUAAACAGGAUUUAUAUAAUUCUUUAUUUGGUAAAAAAAGUACUGGUUGACACUUGAAGUAAUAAAUUCAAUGUAUUAUCAUAAA